GCGGAAGCAGCUGGCUAGCGCGGGGACAGAGGGGAGGGGGCGAGCCGUGAAGAUGGCGGCGGUCGUGGAGGUGGAGGUUGGAGGAGGUGCUGCUGCGGAUCGGGAGCUGGAUGAGGUUGAUAUGUCAGACCUGUCCCCAGAGGAACAAUGGAGGGUUGAGCACGCACGCAUGCAUGCCAAGCACCGUGGUCACGAAGCCAUGCACGCUGAGAUGGUCCUCAUCCUCAUCGCUACCUUGGUGGUGGCCCAGCUGCUCCUGGUGCAGUGGAAGCAGAGGCACCCACGUUCCUACAACAUGGUGACCCUCUUUCAGAUGUGGGUUGUCCCCCUCUAUUUCACAGUGAAGCUGCACUGGUGGAGGUUCCUAGUGAUCUGGAUCUUGUUCUCUGCCGUCACUGCCUUUGUCACCUUCCGAGCCACCCGAAAACCUCUAUUACAGACAACCCCAAGGUUGGUUUAUAAGUGGUUCCUGCUGAUCUAUAAAAUCAGCUAUGCCACCGGCAUCAUUGGCUACAUGGCUGUCAUGUUUACUCUCUUUGGUCUUAACUUAUUAUUCAAAAUCAAACCAGAAGAUGCUAUGGACUUUGGCAUUUCACUCCUCUUCUAUGGCCUCUACUAUGGAGUUCUUGAGCGGGACUUUGCAGAAAUGUGUGCAGACUACAUGGCGUCUACCAUAGGGUUCUACAGCAAGUCGGGCAUGCCUACCAAACACCUUUCAGACAGCGUGUGUGCCGUGUGUGGGCAGCAGAUCUUUGUGGAUGUCAGUGAAGAGGGCAUCAUCGAGAACACGUAUAGGCUGUCCUGCAAUCAUGUAUUCCACGAGUUCUGCAUCCGCGGCUGGUGCAUUGUGGGAAAGAAGCAGACGUGUCCCUACUGCAAAGAGAAGGUAGACCUCAAGAGGAUGUUCAGUAACCCCUGGGAGAGGCCUCACGUCAUGUACGGGCAACUGUUGGAUUGGCUCCGAUACCUGGUAGCCUGGCAGCCUGUCAUCAUUGGCCUGGUACAAGGCAUCAACUACAUCCUGGGCCUGGAAUAG